UGCUGCUGUCAGGAGAGAAGAAGAAGAAGAAGAAGAAGAAGAAGAAGAAGAAGAAGAAGAAGAAGAAGAAGAAGAAGAAGAAGAAGAAGAAGAAGAAGAAGAAGAAGAGGAGGAAGAAGAGGAAGAUGGCGAGAGGAAGCCUGAGGAGAGUCGCUCAGGUGCUGAGACAAUCCGUGAGCAGAGAAGCUCCGAGCAGGACCCACGUCAGGUAUCUGUCGUCAUGUGGGAUCCUGAUGACUCGGGUGCCCCCCCUCCUGAGUGCGGCCACGUCAGGGCGUGGCGUCGUGGUGCCGGCCCGCAGCUUCUUCAACCUGGCUGACACCUUCUCCAAGAAGAAGGAGUACUCGGAGAGACGCAUCAUCGGGUAUUCCAUGCAGGAGAUAUAUGAAGUGGUGGCCGGCGUGGAGAACUACCGCCUCUUUGUCCCCUGGUGUAAGAAAUCUGACGUGGUGUUUCGGCGAGCUGGUUUCUGCAAGGCCAAACUCAGCGUGGGCUUUCCUCCCGUGGUGGAGAACUACAACUCUCUUGUCACUACAGUACGCCCCCACCUGGUCAAGGCGUCCUGUUCAGACGGGAAACUCUUCAACCACUUGGAGACGGUAUGGCGCUUCAGCCCCGGUCUCCCGGGUUACCCUCGCACUUGCACCGUGGAUUUUGGAAUCUCCUUCGAGUUCCGUUCCCUCAUCCACUCUCAGCUCGCUCACGUCUUCUUCGACCAGGUGGUGAAGCAGAUGGUGUCGGCGUUCGAGCACCGCGCCUCCAAGGUAUACGGAGCCGAGACGCCCAUCCCUCGCGAGCUCAUGUUCCACGAGAUCCACCACACGUAGCCACGCCCCCAAAGGCCAACACAGAUAUCUGAUGCCAACGCCAGAGAGGAUGAGGGAGGAGAAGGUGUUAGUGGAAGUUGGCGUGCCUUUCUCACAGCUACGACCAAGUUCAUUCCCAACUGUUUCAUAUCUGAUAAGUGACACGGAUCCGGCUCCGAGCUUUCACCUUCAUGCUCAACACUUCGUUCAGUCGCUUCCACCGUCUGAGAAGAAUCUGAGUUGUCAGGUUGUGAGCGUGAAGGUGAAACCACAGCAGCUCUGUCAUCACAUCUGGAAACACCAGUCGUUCACUUCACUGCUCUGACUGACUGGUUCAGAAGUGGCACAUUUACCACAGUUUUAUCGAGAGUCAGUCAGACAAAUAUUCUUCAACUGUUUUAAUUAUUGAUUUAAUUCAUGUCAAACACAUUUCUGGUUCCAGCUGGAUUUUCUAUCUCAGAUAAGAGAUUAAACUGAAUAUUUUUUGCUUUUAGACUAAGCUGAACGCGUGACUAUGCACCUGUGGGAAGCUAGAAUGGACCUUUUGUCAAUAUUUUCAAUUGAGAAACUCAUUUACAGAUAAUGGAAGUAAUCAAUUAAAACAACUGACAGGGCCCAAGUGUUGUUUAAACACCACAGACAAUCACAUGAUGAUAAUAUGUAGUGAGAACAAAGAGCAGAAGCAGGUGAGACACCGUCACUGGACAUUUUGUUGAAAGACGACGAGCAGGAGGACGUGUACACGAGGAAAACUGAUCUGUACGCUAUCAGAAACACAAACCUGCUCUGGGAGCUGAACUUUUAUUUAGAGGGCUGCUUAUUUUUCUCAAUAUUAUGCUAAUUGUAAAGAGAGCGAAGCUGGACAUGAGAGCUGCUGAAUUAUACAGCAAAGGGUGUUUUAUUUCUUCUUCAGUGUGCAAUAUGAGCUGUGUGUUAUUUUAAAUGCAGCUACGCAAACAUGUUAAACCAACUGUCGAGGUAAAGGAGCCAAAACCGGCCGACAACACAGAGACACCGGCCUGGAUUUAUUUAAUAUCACAGGAUAAACGUUGUUUUCUGGGCGUGAACAACGAGACACAUUGGACUAGUGAUUGAUCACAUGAUUGACCGGAGAAGAAACAGCCUGUCAGAUAUACAUCCUAAAAUAAAAAAUGUUUACGUUUAACAUAAACAUUCAUGAGGACAAUUUACAACGACAAUGUAAAUGUGAAAAUAUUCAAAUGCAAUUAAAACACUUAAAUUACUCUAUUCUUAACGAUACUAUUAUUAUCAACAAUAUUAAUAAUAACAGGAAAUAGAGGCUGUUAUUGAACCCCCAACAUCGAGGGUCUUCUCUUAACCCAUCUGGAGACACACUAAGAUAAAAUAAUUUAGGUUUUUUUUGUUAACAUUAAGGAUCAGAAGCAUAAAUUGGGGAUCUUUGCUUUGGUCCAGCGUGUCAAUCCAGAUCCAGACGGAGAGGCUGAAUAGAUCCAGGUCGUCCGUGAGCUCACCAGCCCUGAACCCACGUCACUCACAGACUGGCAGCAUAUUUAUCUCUAUUUUUAAACAAUAUACUUGUAUUUAUUACUUAGUUUAAAGUGUAAAUAUUGGAUAUGAGAUCUCAUUUUGAAAAGAGGCGUAUAUACACACUGCUUUUAAAGAAACUGAGUUUGUGUCCGUGUGUUUUCGGGGAAAGUUGAAUGUUAAGAGACUUCAGACAGAUUUACCAGCUGCAUGAUUUAUAAAGUAUUUUUUCUAAAAAAGAAAAA